UACCCGGAAGCGGCGCGGCGCGGCCAGGCGGUUUCCUUGACUACGCCACAGGAAAGCCGAGGGGCCGGCCCCUGCUUCCGCCUGCGCGUCGGCGUUGGGAGAGCCGCGGCCGCCGUGCAGUGAGGGGCGGGCAGCGACAGAGAUGGGCCGGGGCCGGGCCUGGGCCUAGCGGCAGCGGGCAGGCGGCCGCGGCCAUGAGCGGAGCUGCGGGCUGCCAGGAGGGCGGCGGCGAGCCAGGGCCCCGCUGGAGGAGGCCGUGGAAGCUCCUGGCCCUUGGCCUGCUCUCCGCCUCCUCCGUGCUGGCGGCUGCCCCGGGCGCCGGGGCCAUGAGCAAGGAAGAGAAGCGCCAGUUGGGAAACCAAGUGCUUGAAAUGUUUGACCAUGCAUAUAGCAAUUAUAUGGAGCAUGCAUAUCCAGCUGAUGAACUCAUGCCUUUAACGUGUCGUGGACGAGUACGGGGUCAGGAACCGAGUCGAGGGGAUGUGGACGACGCCUUGGGAAAGUUCUCCCUGACCUUGAUUGACACCUUGGACACUCUUGUGGUGUUGAAUAAAACCAAAGAGUUUGAAGAGGCUGUAAGGAAAGUAAUAAAGGAUGUGAAUUUAGACAAUGACAUAGUUGUAUCUGUCUUUGAAACCAACAUAAGAGUCCUUGGAGGUCUCCUAGGUGGGCACUCAGUGGCAAUUAUGCUGAAAGAAAAAGGUGACUACAUGCAGUGGUACAACGGUGAACUUCUGCACAUGGCAAAGGAACUGGGCUACAAACUUUUACCUGCUUUUAACACCACUAGUGGUCUCCCUUAUCCAAGAGUUAACUUAAAAUUUGGGGUAAGACAUCCAGAAGCACGAACAGGAACAGAAACUGAUACCUGUACAGCUUGUGCAGGUACCUUGAUCCUUGAGUUUGCAGCUUUAAGCCGAUUCACAGGAACAUCUAUAUUUGAGGAAUAUGCUCGGAAAGCACUGGAUUUUAUCUGGGAGAAGCGGCAGCGCAGCAGCAACUUAGUGGGUGUCACCAUUAACAUUCACACUGGAGACUGGGUCCGCAAAGAUAGUGGAGUUGGAGCAGGGAUAGAUUCCUAUUAUGAAUAUUUAUUAAAAGCCUAUGUCUUGCUGGGAGAUGACAGCUUCCUGGAAAGAUUUAACACGCACUAUGAUGCCAUAAUGAGAUACAUCAGCCAACCACCUCUUCUUCUUGAUGUUCACAUUCAUAAACCCAUGCUAAAUGCUAGGACCUGGAUGGAUUCUUUGCUAGCUUUCUUCCCUGGAUUGCAGGUGCUGAAGGGUGAUAUUAGACCUGCUAUUGAAACUCAUGAGAUGCUCUAUCAGGUUAUAAAAAAGCAUAACUUUCUUCCAGAGGCAUUCACAACAGACUUCAGAGUUCACUGGGCUCAGCAUCCUUUAAGGCCUGAAUUUGCUGAAAGCACUUACUUCUUGUAUAAGGCUACUGGGGACCCUUAUUAUCUAGAAGUGGGAAAAACACUCAUUGAAAACUUGAACAAGUACGCAAGAGUGCCUUGUGGGUUUGCUGCAAUGAAGGAUGUUCGUACGGGAAGUCAUGAAGACAGAAUGGACUCUUUCUUUCUGGCUGAGAUGUUUAAAUACCUUUACCUGCUGUUUGCUGAUAAGGAAGACAUGAUUUUUGACAUUGAAGACUAUAUCUUCACUACAGAAGCUCAUCUGUUACCACUUUGGCUUUCCACUACAAACCAGACCAUCUCUAAAAAAAAUACAACUACAGAAUACACAGAGCUGGAUGACAGCAACUUUGACUGGACCUGUCCCAACACCCAGAUUCUUUUCCCAAAUGACCCAAUGUUUGCUCAAAGCAUUCGUGAACCUUUGAAAAAUGUGGUGGAUAAGAGCUGUCCCAGGGGUAUUUCCAGAGCAGAAGAUGGUUUGGGAAGUGGACCAAAGCCGCCAUUGAGAGCCAGAGAUUUCAUGGCCAGUAAUCCUGAACACUUGGAGAUACUGAAGAAGAUGGGAGUCAGUUUGAUUCAUCUGAAGGAUGGGAGAGUACAAUUAGUACAGCAUGCAGUGCAAGCAGCAAGUUCUCUUGAUGCUGAGGAUGGCUUGCGGUUCAUGCAGGAGAUGAUUGAACUCUCCAGUCAGCAGCAGAAAGAGCAGCAGCUACCUCCUCGUGCUGUUCAAAUUGUUUCCCAUCCCUUCUUUGGCAGGGUGGUCUUGACUGCUGGACCAGCACAAUUUGGGAUGGACUUAUCCAAACACAAAGCAGGGACAAGAGGAUUUGUUGCAACCAUUAAGCCAUAUAAUGGAUGCUCAGAGAUCACUAAUCCUGAGGCAGUGAAAGAGAAGAUUGCUCUGAUGCAGAGAGGCCAGUGUAUGUUUGCUGAAAAGGCACGAAAUGUCCAAAGAGCUGGAGCAAUAGGAGGCAUUGUUAUUGAUGACAACGAGGGAAGCAGCAGUGACACAGCUCCUCUCUUCCAAAUGGCUGGUGAUGGGAAGAACACAGAUGAUAUCACAAUUCCCAUGCUCUUCCUCUUCAACAAGGAAGGAAACAUCAUCCUGGAUGCAAUCCGGGAGUAUGAGGCUGUGGAGGUGCUCCUUUCUGAUAAAGCAAAAGACAGAGCAACAAUCUUUAAAGGUAAAAUGAUUCCAAACUACAUUAUUGAUAGCAACUUGGAAGUGGAGAAUAUGGACCAGAAAUUGUCUGAAAAUGAUUCACAUAAACAGCAUUCAGAAGAACCUACUUCAGCAUCUCAGGAUGUUGGCACAGUCAGCGAGGAGCCCGAAGAAGGAGAAAGCUCUGAUGUUACUGAUCCUGACUCUGUACCUCCUGCUGAUGCAGCCAGUGACAGUGUUUCCAUUUCAAAUCAGGAUUCCUCCGUCCCUGGAAGCCAGGAGGCUGGUGCUUCAGAGCCAGCAUGUCCACCAGGGGACAGCCAGCCUCAGGAACAACAGACUGAGACAGAGCCAAAUUCCAAAGUUAACUGGGAUAAUAAAGUCCAGCCUAUGGAAUCCAUAUUAGCAGACUGGAAUGAAGAUAUAGAAGCAUUUGAAAUGAUGGAAAAGGAUGAGCUAUGACUUGUAAUAAUAACUUAUUUGUUAGGAAACAAGUGGAGAACUCUUUGGGUGGAAGUGAGGCUCUGAGAUCUGACAGCUAGAAAACAUAUUCAGUAUUGUGGCAAGCAGUCAGGUGCCACCUGGAAAAUACCAUAGAAACUCAGCACCCACUCCUUGUCUCAUCUGAAUGUGUCCUCUUUGACAAUGGGAACGUGCAAUCGAAGCAUUUGCCUGGCUCCACAGCAUGGUGCUGUAGCCCAGGAGGCUCAUUCAGGGAACCAGCCCAGCUUCUGCCUUCCAGGCUUCAAGAGGUCACCCUCCCUUGGCCUCUGGAAAGCAGAAGUUGAGCGCAGUGGGGUUAAUGUACCACACAAUGGUUAUCCAUGAGAGCACUUCAGGGCAGCAGGUCAGCUGCUGUUCUGCUUGGAGCAGAGGUGUGGUUUCACUGGUCUCUGCUGAGUUGAAAGCCUCCACUGACAGCAGCAGGUGAAGUUACGGUUCCAGUUAUGGUGUCUUCAAGCCACAGCUAGAAGCAGUCUGAUUUUGGUCCUGCCAUAUCAUACUGAGAUUUUUGUGUUGCUCACCACUGCUUCCAUCUGUUACCAUGAAGAACCACCAUGAUGACAGGCGAGUUGUUUUCCUUCUGCUUCACUUCCAACUAGAGAAACUAUAAACCAAAGGCAGCGUGUGCUUUGUAAGCAGGGCCCAUGAGGGGAACUGAGACAGCCUUGGGGUCUUGGGACCCUGGGAUCAGAGAAACUGAGACAGCCUUGGGAAGCAACUAAAGGUUUGUGGUGUGGUGUUGAAGUUCUGCUUGAAGUUAAGGCAAUGUGGACAAGGCAGAUGUUAAGUUACAGCUAUUUCAUUUGGCCUUCCAGGUUGCAAAACUCAAAUGUACCCCAUGACAUGGAGUUUAAAGUGGCAAUACUCUCUGUCAGGACAGCAAGCACAGCUGAUCUUGUUCCAAAAAACAUCUUCCUUUUUCUACAAGUUUUACUUCUGACAGCUUGACUUUGCUGCCAUCCUUUUGAUAUUCAAGCUUCCACAUGUGUGAUACUGCAAGGCAAUGAGGCCAGUACCAGUAGUGAAGUGCAGUUGGGGCCAUAGUUUAGCGGUGUGAGCUGUGAGGAUGGCUGGUCUGUUACUGUGGGCUUUGGGAGCUUGUUACAGGUAAGUGUGAGUCCCAGUUUGUUAUCCCUAUGAUGAGAACCCCACGACUGAAAUAAAACUGGGGAUGGUUGAACUCCUGAGAGAUGUUUUGACUGUGUCCAAAGAAACUGCCAAAAUACUGAAGUCACUUGAUUUGUAUAGACUGCUUGUAGUGAAUUGUGGUUCAGAGAGUUGUUUUAUAUUAUAGAGUAAAUUAACACUGCCUAUAUGCUGCACCUGGUGAAAGAUGAAGGUUAAAAUGCAAAGGAGAGGGGGGGGAAAAAAGCCCCAGUCUGAACUGCACCUUUCAUGGAGCUGGUGAAAUGACGUGUGCUGAAUGUGCAGCUGUUAAUUGUCAGAGCCAUACUGUAUCCAUUUGUGUCCUCCUGUACAGUAUGGGCAGAGAAAUCCCAGGCAAACAUCUCCAUGUCUACUCAGCUGCUUUCCAGAGUCUCCAACGCACAGGCACCUUUUGGAGAGCAGGCAGAACAUCACCCAGGUACCUAGCGCUCAGCCACACUGCGAGGAGGCAGCAGGACAGUGACUAAGUGUCCUUGGAAACACAUCAGCUUUUACAUGCAGGCAUCAUUCCUUUGCACAAACAGCUGCCUGGAGCCUUGGGGUGAGUGAGCAGGACUUGCAGCAGCUGGGGGUUCAGUCUGGAAUCUAUUUGUGUGUCUAUCACAUUAGGUGAGGUUCUGCAUGUGUGUUCCAUCAGGGGAGUCUUCUAAGUGUCCUUGGAGCCCAAGUCAGCACCCAAGGGUGCUGCACUCACUCCCCUGGUAGCACCAGGCUCUAAGCCAUGUGGCCAACUGCAGUCAGCUGCAGCAUCACCACCAUUCGGGUGCAGAUCAAACUUUUUCCUUCUGAUAACUCCUUUGGUCUGUCAGUGCUUAGUGCCACAAAAGGAGCAUCCUCGUUCCCCAUGCUCUUCAUCUUCACACUUGCUAGCUUUGCUGGUGGAGAUGGGAUCAUUUCUGUAGCUAUAGGAGACCCUGGUCAUUGUUACAACUGUCAGUAAGCCAACUACAGAUUAUUUUCUUUUAUGUGCAGAAAAUCUAGGUGUAGGUUUAAAAUGUUAUCAAAAGAUAACUUUCUCUGCCAUCAGCAGUUUGGGUUUAUUUAGCUGCUUUUCCCACAUUGUGUUGCUAAAGCAGCAGGUAUUAGCAGUCUCCUUUGAGGGGAUUUUGAAUGAUCCCAGCAUUCCCUAUGAAUUGGAGGAAGAAUUUCGGUGGUGGCCUACCUCAGCUAAGUGUUGCCUCCUUCCUUUUGGGUUGGUUUUCUUUGUUUUAGUUUGUUCUACUUUUGACACCAUCAGGAGAGCCACAGCUUUGUUUAUAAAACUGAACUGGGUUAAGGUUGACCUUUGGGGACAGAGGACUGAAUUUUAUUCAGGUUAUUUUCACUUUGUACUUGAUGAGGAAGCAGGCUUUAGCUGAACCUUUUCAUAUCAUUCUGGAAAUAAUUCUGUUUCAGAAUUUGAACUGAAUCCCAAAAUUCAAUUCAGUGUCAUCCUAAAAAGUGAGAAGAAUGUAUUCAUCAAACCCCCACAACCUUUUGGAGAGGGGAGUAAGGGGUUUUUUCCCUCCCAGUUUGUAGAAGUCUGCUCCCUCUGUGUGGAACCUUGCUGGUACAUCAUUAAUCAGUAAUUGCCUCUACCUAUUGUACAUGUAUUUCUAUGAUAUUGGACACUGAAGAGUUCAGGAAUCACAGCUGGAACUAGCACUUACUCCAUGCCAUGUAAUUCAGAGCAGCCAAUUAUUUUAUCAUUUGAUUUUAGAGGAAUCUUCUUAAUUGUUUACAUUUAUUGUCUCUUAAUGAAGUUUCACAACGAGCCCAGCUUUGGUUCUCCUCCUCCUCCUCCUGCCAGCCUACCUGGAGGCACAGCAGUAGGCACAGCAGUAGGCACAGUAGGUACAGGGAGAGGUUAAAAUCAGGAUAACUUCUGCAAAAGGCAUCAGUCAGAACAUAGGAAACAAACCCAUUCUGUGAAUGAAAUAUUGUAUGUUGGGGUUUUAUAAGGUUAUUACUAUUUUGGUUUUUAGCCAGCCCAAUUUACAGCCCUCUAUUUUCUUACGAGAGAUGUCUAAUAACAGGAGCUGUAAGAGAACUGUUGGGUUUUACUGUCUGCGGGGGAAUCUAUACAAUAUUUCUAAGGGCGACUAUGUACUGUGAUGUAAAAGCCUGGGCUACAAUGUAUAUAAUCUGUGUACAUAAUUGUGUACUUGAUUAUAACUGCUGAUUGUAAAGAUUUAAUAAAAUGUAAAUACU